UAAAAAGAACAUAGCAGAAAAAUUAGAGUGGUUGGGAUUUUAGAAGCAAGUAGCUUACCUUAUCAUGUCUCCCGCCAUCACCACUCUGACGCCGCCGUUAUCCCUCUCCGUCACUUCGGCGGCGCGUGGUCCACGGCAGCCGGCGAAGGUUAAGACCGAGAAAAAGCAACGGCAAUGCAGCCUCGGCUUCGGCGGCGAUAAGAAGGAAACAAAGUGGCAAUGCGUGGAGGGUUGUGGGGCAUGCUGUAAGCUUCAAAAGGGUCCUUCUUUCCCCUCUCCCGAAGAAAUUUUCGACGACCCUUCUCAUGUUCAGCUGUACAAAAGCUUGAUAGGUCCAGAUGGAUGGUGUAUUCAUUAUGAAAAGAGUACUCGGAAAUGCUCUAUUUACCCUGAGCGUCCAUAUUUUUGCCGUGUGGAGCCAGCGGUGUUUAAAUCUUUGUUUGGAGUUAAAGAGAAGAAUUUUCACAAGGAGGCCUGCAGUUUCUGCAGGGACACAAUUAAGGCUAUUUAUGGUCCCAAUUCAAAGGAGCUUAAUAAUUUCAACAGCACAAUAAGAAACUCUUCUAGUUAGAUUUUGUGGGCUUUGGAUUCUUAAAUGUUCAAGGCUUUUCACUGCCUUGCAUCUUCUCUUGGAAGGGAGGAAUUCUCUGCACAAUGCAUGUGUUUAUGCCUUUCAAGCACUGCAAAUCAGUAUCUAUUCUUAUUGAAGCACAGUCACUAUGAUGGUGUUCCUAGACCGGCACAAAAACUUCCAUUUAAAAUUAAAUAUUACUUUCUCAUGUUCCUCCUAUAUGACUAUGCUCAUGAAAUGCUUGCUUUGUUUAUCGUGGUUGAGGUCUCCUAUGCCAGGUUUUCUGCUUUUCCUCUGGUCAAACAGAAGCAGCAGCAGCAACAGCUCACUAUUCAAAGCAUCAUCUGCAGUUGAUUGCUAAACUCUGAGCACUUGGAAAUAUGAGCUUAGAUGGAUGGUUAAUAGAAUAGAAGUUGAACUGAUUUGAAUGGGCUAAUUGGAUCAUUCUAUUGCUUAAUAGCACCGUUGUCCUAGGUUCGAUAUAUCAUGGAUGCUAUGUUUUUUAUCAUGAUAGUUUAUUUAGUUUCUUUUUUUAUUUGGUACUUUAUUUUAAACAAUCUGUAUUAUCUGUACUUACAAGAAUAAUACCGAUUCAAUGAUCAUCCACUUCCUUGAAUGGAAUAUCCUGUAUAUCAUCAGAUUCAGUAA